CAUAUUAUUUAGUACCUUAAUGCUUAUAGAGCUUUAAUUGUAUAAAAAAUAAACUGUUAAAUUAAAAACUCUAAACAUAUUUCCCACCCCUUCCAAAACUUUAAAACAAUCUUAAUAAAAAUAAACUUAAACUUAUAAUUAACAUAUCUACUGCAAAACAACAACUAUACUAAUUUAAUUACUUAUUAACUUUAACUUUAAAACAAUCAACUUAAAAUUGCAAUAAGUAAAAAUAAAACAAAAAUAAUAACAAAUGUCACAAAUUCCCGACGAUGCCAGCAGUAUGAGUGAUGAUGUCUUUGAGGACCCCGAAACUACACAGCGACGUGUAGAGGAGUCCAGGCGUCGUAAAGAUUAUGCCAAUACGGAGUAUAGUUUAACAAGGGGGUCGGGUUAUUAUGGCGAUGGAGCUUUGGCAUCAUCGGAAUAUUGUCGUUCACAAACGCCCAGCGGCUAUCCGGGCUAUAGGCCACCGCGUGAAGCUUUACAAAUGUAUGCCUUAGAGGAUGCUGGCUAUACAAUAGAUGAUUAUGAUGAUGGUUGGCGUUCCUAUCAUUACGAUGAGGUGGGCAUGCCAUCACAUUUGACGCAUCAACAUUUACCACCAUUCGAUGAUACGGUUAAUCAUAAGACUAUAUUGCUGGGAGAUUCUGGAGUUGGUAAAACUUCAUUUCUGGUUAAAUACAAUACAGGAGAAUUUCGUUUGGGUUCAUUUUCUGCUACAGUGGGCAUAGCAUUAACG